AUUAUGGAAACUAUAAGGCAACGUGGCCUCAGCUGGUUCAUCGAAAACAUGGUGGAAUGAUAAAUAUUCAUUUAGUGUCAUCUGUCAUUUGUAAUAUGUUUUCAACGACUUGAUAAUAUAUUUUUCUCAAACGUUUAAUUGUUUAUGAUUAUCAUUAUCUAAUUAUUCAGUGAAGUUAAUAAAUAAAAAUGGGGUUGUGUAAAUGUCCUAAAAGAAAAGUGACAAAUCAAUUUUGUUUUGAGCACAGAGUCAACGUUUGCGAGCACUGUAUGGUGACAAAUCAUCCUAAGUGCGUAGUACAGUCUUAUCUCCAAUGGCUACAAGACAGUGAUUGUAAUCCAAUUUGUACUUUGUGUUCUAAUGAACUGAAAAGCGGUGAUUGCGUGAGAUUAGUUUGUUAUCAUGUUUAUCAUUGGCCUUGCUUGGAUCAACAUGCCAGAAGUAUGCCUUCAACGACAGCACCAGCUGGUUACGUAUGUCCGACUUGUAAUUAUGCCAUAUUUCCAGCGCCUAAUUUAGUUUCACCGGUUGCCGAUGUACUGAAAGAAAAAUUGGCUAGUGUCAAUUGGGCCAGAGCUGGACUUGGUUUGCCUUUGCUAAGCAAUGACCGAGAAACUCUAGUACCAGAAUCAAAAGUGCCGUCAAUUGAAACAACAGUCUAUCAAAAUCACGUAUCUCCACCGAUACCUUCAGUCGCAACAGCACGUACUAGCAGUAAUGUUAAUUCAAUAAGCACGCAUAUGAACAACGUUCAUAGUAUAAAUAGUAACAGUAAUAAUCAUCAGCCGCAAGGACCACCUUACUCAGUAGUAAACAUGGAGUCAACGAGCCAGCUAGAUCGUAAAAUAUUUGAAGCACGUGAUGAUUCCAAAAACAUGAGUUUCGAUCACGAUGAAAACAAGUACGAGCGUCGAUCUCCGAUCAAGCGAUUGCUCCACAUAUGGAAGCUCUUGAAGCUUUCAAAAUUAUCGGAAACUCGUCGACGGGGAUCCAAGCCCGAAUCCGUGUAUCGAAGAUUUUUAAUUUUAGCAGUAAUUGGAAUAGUCUGUUUUCUUUUUAUUAUCAUGAUAUUCUCCUGGUUAGGUCGCAUGGCUACCGAUGGAGAUCCGUCGUUUGACCUUAAGAAUAAUCCGAAUCUUAAUUUACACCAAGAGCCGGCAAUGUAACACAAAUUAUACCUCACGACUGUGUCAUUUAAAACAUUCUGUUUAUUUGUUAUUUUUCAAACUAAUUUUAUACGAUAAGCUAUUAUUAAUUAUUGAUUUAUAAUAUUCUAUAAUAAUAAUAAUAAUAAUAAUAAUAAUAAUAAUAAUAUAUACAUAUUUGUAAUUAAUUACGACUAUUAGAAAUAAGUUGUAUAUGUUCCACUAAAAAGCCAGUCAAAGUAAUUCUUUGUAUAGUAAAUAUUCAAAAACAA